CGGUCGGGUAAUCGUUAUUGUGACAUUGUGAGCACGAAAAUAUAUUGUCAUAGACGCGUAUGAAAACACAGCUGCUUUAUCACACGUAUCAGCCGACAUCGGUACCGUGAUAACACGGUAGUUCGUUGUUUUCGGCGGCGGUUGAUAUUGUAUCGUUACUGUUGUCAUGACGCGAUAGUAUCGAUGGAAAAAUCCGACCAGGAGACGGGCACAGCCACUUUGGCGACGCCGGCACUGUCGGUUCCGGCAGCUGAUGUGAACGUGAACGAACAUCACGCAAACAAGCAAAAGCCGUACAAGCGACAUUUUUUAGCUCUCUUGGAAAGAUGCGAAUUCUUACAGCAGGACAAUGAACGUCUCGUGCAUAGGAUUCAUCAAGUCACGAAACAGUUGAGACGAAUCCGGUUGGAACGAAAGUUUAUUAUGGAUCGAUUGGACACGCAUAAAGACAACUGGAGAGAAGCUGAAUUGAAAAUAGAUCUGGGAACUGAUUUACCUUUACCCGAAACUGUCAAUUUAAAAAACCAAGGAACUGUAGAAACACCAAACGGAAAAAAAAAUUUGAAUAUGAAAUCUACUGAAAAGAAAGAUCCUAAUUUGCCAAAAAGACCGGCAAAUCCAUUUUUUAGAUUUUGUCAAGAACAGAGGCCAAUUGUACUUGAUCAAAUCAUUAUGUCAGGUGAAGGAGAACCUACAAAACAAGAUCUUACUAAACGGCUAGCAAUAACUUGGAAUACUAUGGAACAUAAUGAUAAAAAAGUCUAUUAUGAUAUGUACGAGAAAUCUAAGGAAAAAUAUGCUGCAGAUAUGGAAGAGUACACAUUUAAUAAAUCUAUAAAUGCAGUUCAAACAUCCAAUUUCUCAUCUUCUCAAUAAAAGUUUCUUUAAUUAUGUAUUAUUUAAAUUCUGUGUUCAAACUUCUAUGCUUGUACCUAUGUCCUAUGUAUUAUU